GGCGCAGUCGCUGUACGAGAGUUGCACCGGAGAAUAUAAAAAAAAGGGGAAAAACAAGUAGUAGGAGAGAUAAAAAAAAUAUAGCAGAGAGAAAAUAUAGAAAACCUCUACCACCCGUCGCGGUAUCAACUCGGUAUCAUCCAAACCAAAGAGAUCGUGCAUCGACGCUGCCCCUGGACCAGGGAAAUAACCAGAGGAAAACUUGAUAAUUAUUUCUGAAGCUGUGGUUGUGGGGAUCAUCGGGAAGUAAAUAACUUGGAAGAAAAUGAAGCUCUGGUGGAGUCUGAUAUUUGUUGUUGGAGUUGCCCUGUCCAUGACAGCAAUUAUACGAGCUGAAUCGGAUCUCUGGGAAGAGGAUGACAAGGAGGUACUCGUACGUACUAUUCGGGGUACCAAAGCGCGCACAUCCGGAGACAGUAAUGCUGCACUCUGCAGAUAUGUUAAGGGUCAAUGGUCUGAGUGUGAUCCGAAGACAAAUAUGAGAUCGCGUACACUCAAUUUGAAGAAAGGGGACAAUAAAACCUGUGAACUGACCAAGACUAUUCAGAAGAAAUGCAAGAAAGGCGUGGCGGCAAGCACAGCAUGCAGAUAUGAAAAAGGCACAUUUAGCAAUUGUGUGAACCAAUUGGUGACACGAGUUGACACUCUGAAGCCAAAUAGCGAUUCAUCGUGCGAGCCGACGCGUCGCAUCACAAAGAGAUGUAAACCGGAGACAAACACAAAAAAAUCGGCGAAAGGUGAGCGAGGAAACAAGAAGAGUGCAAAGCAGUAAAGCGUAAAUCAACAAUAAAAUAAGCACCUCCUUGGCAAUUGAACGUUCAAUACAAACGGAUCCUUGUCUCCUGGGUGCAAAAAAAAGAAUGAUAACUUGAACAUUAAAAAAAAUCAGUUAAUUUUCCGACGAUGAAGUAAAAAAAACUAUUCAAUAAAAUAUAAUUCAGCGUCCGUGUGAUUGUACAAUAAAUUCAUAUAUUAUUGUUUUAACUGGAGCAAUAAAAGAAAAUCAAUGAGAACUUGUGAACUGAGUCACAAAUUUCUUUGAAGGCUUCGACAAGUUUCUUUUUAAAAAUGCUAAAGACGUUGCUUCCAGAUUUUUCCCCUCGGCUAAUCAAUUUUUCGCAAUUGUUGGUCGUUCGCAAGAUGUUAAACACUUUACGAUGAUAAUAAGAUGUUUAAAUUUAAUCACUUCAAAGAGCAGAAUAAAAUGGUGAAGAAUAAAAUUGUCUAAAUCUGUGUAAAUCUCUUGAAAUUAAACGAAAAUGAAAAAAAAAAUAAUAAUAACAGUAUGUACUCGUAAUCGUUCGUUGUUUGAAAAGUAUUAGAAGAAACACUAGUAAGAACCAGGCGAAUUACAACGAUUUCAACCACGACGAGUCCAUUUUUAUCUAUUAAAUAAAUAAUCGUAAUGAAUAAUGAAUAUGUGUGAGGGACUCGUCGACUGUUAAGUUACACUUGACUAUGAAUUUUCACUAUUUAUAAAUUCCGUGAAGUAUUUACAGCAAUCGUGGGAAGACAUCUCCCACGAUGCAUCAGGCAUGAGCACGAAAAUCAAACAAGAAAAUUAAAAAGAGGAAAUAAUAAUCAAUAUUUCAUCAAAAUCUUAAAAUUGGAUUCAUCCAAUUUUUGAUUAUAAAAUAGUUGGACCUUAAAAUCAAAUAUUUACACAUUCUCCCAGUAAAUUAUUCCCCAAAUUCAGAAAAUUGUACGCUAGGAUCCGUUGGACUUGAAGAUACAAAAAUACGAAAAAUCAAAGGAAUGAUAAAACAAGAUCAAUGAAAUCAAAAGACAAGAUAAUAGAUCAUUUUCUGGCGCGUACUCCGAGCCAUUUACACCGCUCGGUAUCAUAUACACCAUAUCAUCGUAAGAUAAAUAAUGAUAAAUAAAAAAUAUUUAGGGCUAUCGGUUUAGAACAUGAAGUAAAAUAAGAUAGAAUUUAUCUAUUCAGUGGAGCCCUUAUCCCUCUCCUCAAUGAUCGGUUGAAACCUUCUAAAGUUGGAUACAUAUCGCUGAUCCCAUAGAGAGCCCAACAAUCGAUAAACCCAAAAAAUCCACAAAAAUAUUGACUAUUAAUACAGAAAUAAAUUCUUGAUGUUGAAAACUUGCAUUGUAACAUAGCAAAAAUAGAGAACAAAAAAAUACACUUACGCUAAAUGGCUAGCUCUUCAUUUUAAUACACUUCGUUCUCGAAUAAGUAGUGAAAAAGAUAUAAAUAGAGGACCCAUAGUAAUUUUCUUGCAACUUUUUGAUUAACCCAAUUAUUGGGGGGAAAAAUAAAUUGCCAGCAAAAAUUUUAGAAUUGUUAGAUAUGUAUUUCCAUUACAUUCUAUCUUUCCCGUACUCUCAAUAUUAAUAAUCGUCAGUAAUUCAAAUUUUCACGUGUAAACUUUUAUAAUCAACUGAAAGUGUCAUGAAAAAGGUAAUAAUUGAAAUUAAAGGCCGAAAAGUUGAGUUCUCUUUCAACUAAUAACUAAUAAGUAACUUUCAUGAAGAUAGAAAUUUCCAAAUUUUCGGUCUGACAUUCUCAUACGGUAAUGGUGCUCUGCAUUAAAUUUUAAAAACCGAGGUAGUUAAUUUGGUAGAGAGGGUGAUACAUUAAUGGUGAAGUUCAAUGCACAAUCAUUAACCGGAAUUAUCGGCAAUUGGGGAUUGCUGUGUGGAAUGAAAGGGCAAUGCACACUACUAUGAGAAUUGUAAUACUUGAAUAUUGAUUAGCUGUUUAAUUUGGGAGUUUUUUAAUUCUCUAAAUGUCUGCGAGUAUGAAAAACGACAAAUCUAAUUUAUGUUAUCAUGGCAAAGGACUGAAGUUAUGGUUCAAAAAAUUCAUCAGGCAUUUAUUAUUAUUAUGAAUUAACAACUGGAAUAAGAAAAGUGUAAUCAAGAGAAAUACACAUGUAACGAAAUAAACAAAAAUGCAAUGUCAAUAAAAUUAAAAUUAAUAUAAA